AUGGGAGCCCUCUUGUCGCUGCCACUCUUGGCCGUUCCCUCGGUGGGUUCGCUCAUGACUUUCGCUGCCAGCUGCUGCGGAGCCGCCACAUGCUCCGCCGUCUGCAGCGCUGCCGGCAAGUGCAACAACAGCAUGGCCACUCGUAUCGCCUACGCCGUCAUCCUGCUCCUCAACUCGCUCCUGUCCUGGAUCAUGCUCACCGAUUGGGCCGUCAAGAAACUCCAACAUGUCCUGCUCGACUUCGCCACCAUCUCCUGCAACGGCAAGGCCUGCUAUGGCUUCACUGCUGUCCACCGCAUCAACUUUGCUCUCGGCUUUUUCCACGCCAUCAUGGCCCUGUUGCUCAUUGGCGUCAAGAACACACGCGACAAGAGAUCGGCCGUCCAGAACGGCUUUUGGGGUCCCAAGAUAAUUGCCUGGAUCGCUCUGAUUAUCAUCUCCUUCUUGAUUCCUGAUGGCUUCUUCAUUGUCUGGGGCAACUAUGUCGCUCUGGUCGGCGCUGUGCUGUUCCUGCUUCUCGGCCUCAUUCUCCUGGUCGACCUGGCUCAUAGUUGGGCCGAGUACUGUCUGGAGAAGGUCGAGAGCACAGACUCUCAGUUCUGGAAGUCUCUCUUGAUCGGUUCUACCCUGACCAUGUACCUUGGAUCCAUUGUCAUGACAAUCAUCAUGUACAUCUUCUUUGCCGGCUCCGGAUGCUCCAUGAACCAGGCUGCCAUCACCGUCAACCUGAUUCUCCUGUUGAUCAUCUCGGUCAUUAGCGUCCACCCCAUGAUCCAGGACUCUAACCCUCGUGCCGGUCUGGCCCAAGCUGCCCUGGUCUGUGUCUACUGCACCUAUUUGACUUUGUCUGCUGUCGCCAUGGAGCCCGAUGACCAUCAAUGCAACCCCCUGGUUCGCGCUCGUGGCGCUCGCAGAACAACCGUCAUCAUGGGUGCCAUCCUCACCUUCCUGACAGUAGCCUACACCACUACCCGCGCUGCAACAUACGGUCUGGCUCUGGGCACCGGCAAGCCAGGCGGCUACCACCAAGUCGGCGAGGGUGAUCACGAGCAUGGCCUUGUCGCUACCCAACCUUCGUCUCGUCGCGAGUUGCGCGCCGAAGCCCUCCGCGCAGCCGUAGAAUCCGGCUCCCUGCCCGCUUCAGCCUUGGACGACUCAGACUCGGACAGCGAUGACGACGAGUACCCCGGUGCUCACCCCCGCGACGAUGAAAAGAACGCCACCCAGUACAACUACUCUCUGUUCCACAUCAUCUUUUUACUGUCCACCGCAUGGGUUGCAACACUGCUGACCCAAAACGUCGGCGGCGAUUCAUUGAUCGAGAAGGGCGAUUUUGUGCCCGUGGGUCGCACGUACUGGGCUUCGUGGGUCAAGAUUGUCAGCUCGUGGGUGUGCUACGGCAUGUUUGGUUGGACGCUUGUGGCGCCUGUUGUGCUUCCCGAGCGAUUCGACUACUAA